AUUUUGCAACCGACACUCCAAUACACUGUGACCAUGGCCUCUCCCAUAGCUCUCAAUCGCCUUCUUCAACGCCUCGACAAAUCUCUCACCGACCCUUGUCUGCGAUACUCCCAAUACGAACGUAAUCGCGUAGCAGCCAACAUCGAACACGCUCGCGCCGUGCUCCUCACUCUCGAAAAGCAGACCUCUACAAUUCGAGUUCAAACUCAACGACAAGCCAUACAAGCCGAUCUGCAAGCAAAACGAGACUGGAUCAAAAAGCUAAAUACACAACUCCUAGAACUAAGCGCCGCAAAUGGAGACAGCGAAGAUGAUGAGGAGUUCGACGAUGAAGAAGACGACGACGCUAGCAAAGUCGAACGAGAAGACAUCCUGAACAAAUACGCGCCGGCAGUACAGACAGAAUCAGGGCUAGAGACAGGCACAACACAGGAGCCUCGAAUAGACGAGCAACAGCAGCAGGAACUUCGAUCUCGAAGACCGGAGCCCACAUUACAAGCAGGCGACAACCGAUCUGCAGCUUCAACGACCUCGCGAGAGCAACUUUUUGGUGGAAGACAGCAGCAAAAGGACGAAAAGGGCAACUUGCAGAAAACAGAAGCGAUGAUGUCGCAUAAUGCUACAGAACAAGAGGCCUUGACGCAAGGGUUACUAGGACUGGCGAGAGCGCUGAAGGAAAGCUCGCAGCAGUUUGGGGCAUCACUAGAAUCGGAAAAGGAUGUGCUGAGGAGGGCUGAAGGCGGACUGGAUAGGAAUGCGCAAGGCAUGGAAGCGGCGGAGAGGAGGAUGGGAAUGCUAAGGAGGAUGAGUGAAGGGCAAGGGUGGUGGGGACGGAUCAAGCUGUAUGCUUUCAUAUUCGGCCUCUGGGUGGCUUGUUUCCUGGUCGUCUUUCUUCUACCCAAGUUCAGGAUCUGA